AUGUCGAACCCUGACAACUAUACGGUUGGAUGGAUCUGCGCCAUAGCUACCGAAUAUGUUGCUGCACGGGCUUUUCUCGAUGAGAAACACGACGGACCGGAAUACGUUUCCCCGAAUGAUAAUAACGAUUACACACUGGGCCGGGUCGGCAACCAUAAUGUCGUUAUUGCUGUAUUGCCUGACGGCGAGUACGGCACGGCUUCUGCAGCAAUGACUGCCAGGGAUAUGCUGCAUAGUUUUCCUAAUAUUCGAAUCGGUCUUAUGGUUGGCAUUGGCGGCGGUGCGCCAAGUAGAAAGCAUGAUAUUCGCUUAGGCGAUAUUGUUGUUAGUUCUCCCCGCGAUAAAGAGAGCGGUGUAUUCCAAUACGACUUUGGCAAAACAAUACAAAGCCAAAGCUUUCAACACACGCGGUUCCUAAACCAGCCACCGACAGCUUUGCGAGCAGCGAUAAAUGGGCUAAAAGCUGAAUAUGAGGAAGACGGCCACCAACUUGAUGAAGCUAUAACUACUCUUCUUGCGAAGAAGCCAAGAUUGCAAAAAGAGUAUAGGCGACCAGACGCAAGUAGCGACAAGCUUUAUAAAAGCGACGUUAUCCAUGUGCACCCAGCCGAUGAAAUGGGUUGUGCAGCAGUUUGCGGAAAUGAGCCAUCGAGUUCUGUACCCCGGGCUGAACGGGCAGAAAGCGAUGAUAACCCUGCUAUUCAUUAUGGCAUAAUUGCUUCAGGAGAUCAGUUAAUGAAAGAUGCAAUAAUAAGAGACCGACUCGCAGCGGAAAAGGAUGUCUUAUGCUUUGAAAUGGAGGCGGCAGGGUUAAUGAACCACUUUCCGUGCCUUGUUAUCCGUGGUAUUUGCGACUACUCAGACUCGCAUAAGAACAAGCAGUGGCAAGGAUAUGCGGCUAUGGCAGCAGCAGCCUAUGCAAAAGACCUUCUCCGUCGCAUAGUUCCAAAUAAGAUCGAAGCUGAAAAGAAGAUCAGCCUUCUAUCCGGUAUUAAUGUAAUUACUCAAGAGCACCGGGAUAUUGCAAAAGAACAACUUAAAUUCCAGAGAGACCUGGCUACAGAAAGGCUAUCUGAAAAAGAACAAAAAUGCCACCAGCUAUUUCGUCUCACAGCUAGCGGCCAGGAUGGCGCCACGUAUGAAUGGUACAAGGGCCGAGUGGAAGAAAGGGUUGAAGACACAUGCCUUUGGUUUCUUAACCAUGAGCAUUUCCGACUAUGGUUAAAACAAGAGGCAGGCCCCCUGCUGGUUACAGCGGAUCCGGGUUGUGGAAAGUCAGUGUUAGCCAAGUACCUUAUCGACCAUGAGCUGCCACGAUUAGGAUCGGAAACUAUCUGCUACUUCUUCUUCAAAGAUCAGGACCAGAACACAUGCCGUCAAGCACUUUGCGCACUACUCCACCAGCUCUUCUCUCAGAGGCCGUCUCUAAUUAAGCAUGCUAUGCUGCAAUUUUAUAAAGAUGGGAAAGAUUUAAUUAACUUUACUGAGUCGCUCUGGAAGAUUCUACAAAGCGCUAGUAAAGAUUCUGAGGCUGGAUCUAUCACUAUAGUCCUUGAUGCCUUAGAUGAAUGCGCUGAAUCCCAGCUCGAGGAUUUAGUGCGAAACAUAAAGAGCCAGUUCCAAAGCAAUAAGAAUGAAAUCUUCAAGAAGACACCACGAGCAGUUGAAGACCUCAUCAAAACACUCCCGAAAAGCGUUAAUGAAGCAUAUAAUCAAAUUCUCAACAAGUCUAAGCAACCUCUAGUGGCAAAGAAGGCCUUAAGCGUUAUCUUAGCAGCCAGCCGACCACUUACAAUAUCAGAAAUGAAUGUUGCUAUGAGCAUAGAUGAAGCGGCACAAACCUUUUACGACCUUGACUUGGAAAAUGAAGCUGACUUUGAGAUUUCUUUUCUUCAUCAAACCGCUCGAGAAUUUCUACUCACGCCCGCAGCUGCUGUCCCAUCAAGACUCAUAUGGCACCACUCUAUCACCACUCAAGAUGCGCAGACUCUCCUUGCAAAGCUUUGUAUAGUCUAUCUUGACCUAUUCAACCCUGACACUAGGCCUCCACCAGAUACAGAGGGAGGAUCCAAUUACUCUGUUGAACGCGCUUUUUUGAAAUACUCAGCUAUAUAUUGGAGCACUCACUUCCGCAAAGCUUGCGUUGAUGAGAACGAUGCUGUUAUAUAUUCUGCAAUGAGAAUUUGCAAUCCAGAUUUGAAAAGCUUCUCGGUAUGGUAUGGCAUCUAUGAGGAGCAUACAUUCCAAAGCCCCGCCAGAAAUGCUACAAAUCUUAUAGUAGCAUCGUAUCUUGGCCAUAAUGCCGUCGUAAAGUUGUUACUCGAUAAAGGAGCGGAAACAGAGGCAAAGGACGCGUAUGAUUGCACGCCGCUAGUGUGGGCCUCCUAUUGCGGGCAUGAGGCUACAGUCAAGCUACUACUUGAUAAAGGAGCAGAAACCAAGGCAAAGGAUGCCUAUGGCCGGACACCGCUAUGGAUGGCCGUUGACGGUGGUCGGACGCCGCCAUGGGCGGCUGCUCACGGCGACGACAGCAAUUUUGCUCUGAAAAAUUACGAGAUGCAGCUAAUGCUGCUUGAGCAGCAGAAUAAGAAACGCCUGUUGAUGCCUCGCCAGGACCACGGCGACGACAGCAAUUUUAGUCUGAAAAAGUACCAGAUGCAGCUAAUGCUGCUUGAGCAGCAGAAUAAGAAACGCCUGUUGAUGCCUCGCCAGGACCACGGCGACGACAGCAAUUUUAGUCUGAAAAAGUACCAGAUGCAGCUAAUGCUGCUUGAGCAGCAGAAUAAGAAACGCCUGUUGAUGCCUCGCCAGGACCACGGCGAAAUGGAUGGAAUACUCAGCAGUAACCGGGCAGGAACAGACGAUAAGCGCGGGCAUGAAGCUGUAGCCAAGCUGAUGCUUGAUAAUGGAGCAUAUAUUGAAGUAAAGGAUAAUAGUGGUAGGACACCGCUAUUAAUCGCCGCUGAGCGCGGGCACGAAGCUAUAGCUAAUCUACUACUUGAUAAAGGAGCAGAGAUUGAGGCAAGGGAUAGCCGUGGUCAGACACCAUUAUCAUACGCCGCUGAGCGCGGGCAUACAGCUAUAUUUAAGCUGCUGCUUGAUAAAGGAGCAGAGAUGGAGGCAAAUGAUGAAAACGGUCGGACGCCACUAUCAUUUGCUAUUAAAAACAGGCAUGAAGCUAUAAUCAAGCUAUUGCUUGAUAAAGGAGCAAUGAAGCCCUAA